AUGCGGAUAAGGUUUCGGGAGCCUCUCCUGAGCAGCAGCGCCGAGAUGCUGGGUUCUUACUUGUUCCGGUCCUGCCGCCUGCUUCUGGUCCUCUGUGCGCUGCACCUCAGCGUCACCUUCAUCUUCUUCUUGUGCAGCCUGUAUAUGAAUCUCCUGCCCCAGGUCAUCGUACAGCCGGAGGGCACGGACGGCGCCUCCCAGCGGCGCUCUGGGGAACUCCGGAUCCCGCCGCAGGGGCCAUUGGGCUCCAAUCCCAGCCCGGACGCGGAGGGCGAGCGGACUGCGGCUACCUCGCCCCCUGCCUGCCCAGAGGAGUCCCCUCUGCUCGUUGGCCCCAUGGUGAUCAAGUUUAACGUGACCGUGGACCUGCAGCGUGUGGCAGAACAGAACCCGGAGGUAAAGGUGGGCGGCCUCUAUGCCCCCAAGAACUGUGUCUCUCCUCACAAGGUAGCUAUCAUUAUUCCAUUCCGAAACCGGCAUAAACACCUCAAGUACUGGCUGCAUUACUUGCACCCAGUACUGCAGCGCCAGCAGUUGCAUUAUGGUGUCUAUGUUAUCAACCAGGAGGGAGGCUCCUUGUUCAAUCGUGCUAAGCUUUUCAAUAUUGGCUUUCAAGAGGCCUUGAAGGACUAUGCCUACACCUGCUUUGUAUUUAGUGAUGUGGACCUCAUCCCAAUGGAUGACCGUAAUGCCUACCGGUGCUUUUCACAGCCACGACAUAUUUCUGCAUUCAUAGAUAAAUUUGGAUUUAGCCUGCCUUAUCCUCAGUAUUUUGGAGGGGUUUCUGCUCUGAGUAAGGAGCAAUAUCUCGCCAUCAAUGGAUUUCCUAAUAAUUACUGGGGCUGGGGAGGUGAAGAUGAUGACAUUUUUAAAAGAUUAAUUUUUAAAGGCAUGUCUAUAUCUCGCCCAAAUGCUGCGAUCGGGAAAUGUCGGAUGAUCCGCCACUCAAGAGACAAAAACAAUGAACCCAAUCCUUACAGAUUUGUCCUAAUAUCACUUACAAAGAAGACAAUGCCCUUGGACGGCUUGAACACACUCCGCUACAAGGUGUUGGGCAUAGAGAGACAACCGUUGUAUACCAAAAUCAAAGUGGACGUUGGGAGGCCAAAAUAUUGA